AUGCCACCGGCCAAGACCUCGGGCCACUGUGCCAUCGCCUUUUGCGCUACAGCGUUUGCCUUGUCUGCGGUCGCGAUUGCCCUGCCGCGCUGGUCGGCGGGCGCCACGUUCACGGAUGGCAUUGGCGCGCUCUGCCUCACCAACGGGCCUGGCCACACGCGCUGCUUGCAAUACCACACACGCAAUAGCUUGGCGCCGUACCCAGACAUGAGCUUUUGCAGCGUGCCAUCCGACUCGCGGCUUCUGGGCGAGACAGCGAUGCAAGCAGGCCUCUCGACGCCGCAGCUCGUUGACCACGUCGCCUCGGCGUGUGGCUUUAAUGGCUACGCUCUGGUUGCGAUGGUGGCGCUCGAGAUGACCAUGGGCUUUGUGUCGCUUGUCGUGCUCUUCAACGGGAUCUGCUUUGGCCGGCUCAAGGGCCCUGCCGUGCCCAUUGCAGUUGUCUGCAACGCCGUCGCCUUCCUCGCUGCGAUCCUCGUCGUUUGCCUCUACGCCAAACCCAACGGCGCUUCGUACGACGUCUCGUGGUACCUCCUGCUGGCGUCUGCGUUCCUCUACGUCAUCUCGCUCAUGUGCGGUAUCGUCUUUCGCACCACCCGCCGCCACGUGGACGCGGACGAGGGCGACGACUUUGGCCAUGUCCGCUUGGAGACGCCUACGGGCAGUGUUGUCUAA